UCCUUGACGCCGCUUGCUUCCGAGAUGUGCAACGUACAAUACACCAGUUUAUAGCAUCUAACGAUUCAUAGACAUCUCACUCGAGAUCACUAGUUUAUCUGCGCUACAUACUGCGCCCAGACUUCGACGACACCUCAUCAGCUAGGUGCAGGAAUACAUCAAUAAGUUGUCCUGAUUCGAAUCAGGCAAAACUCAUCUAAAAGAAAUCAAUGUCUCUCAUAUUAAUUGUUAGAAUGGAGAUUUUCGACAUCGGUCGUAGUAUCGUCGCCAUCGGUAUUCUUAUCGGAGUCAUCAGCCUGUUAGUGUUUCAUUGGAGACGACUGGGCAUGUAUAAACAUGCGUCGAAAUUCUAUGGGCCAAAAAUUUUACCAUUUGUGGGGAAUGCUCUACUUUUCCUGGGAAACCCUUCUGAUUUGCUGAAUAAAUUCGAGAAACUUUCAAUUUUAUACCCAACUUCACCAGUGCGAUUUUGGCUUGGACCAGAAUUAAUGGUGGUUUGUUUCGAACCCGAGCAGUUGAAGGAAGUAUUGACGAAUGCAAAGUUAGUUGACAAAUCGAAGCCUUACGAUUUCGUCAAAAUAUGUCUCGGAAAUGGUUUAGUCACAGCACCUGCACCAAUAUGGCGUAUGCAUCGGAAACUCAUAGGACCUUCUUUGAAUUUGAAAAUCCUCGAGUCAUUCGUUGAUAUAUUUGGAGCUAAAGCAAAGAGAAUGCUGAAACGAAUGGAGAAGGAAGUGGACGGUGAAGAAUUUGAACUAGAUCAUUACAUGUCGAUGUGCGCAUUCGAAAUUAUUUGUGAAACUGUGAUGGACCUAUCUAUAGAAGAACCGAGCGACGCGGAUCGGAAAUACAUAUAUGCUCUUGAGAGAGCGGCGGAGAUCGGAUACCAGAGACUUUUUAAACCGUGGUUUUAUUCGGAUGUCAUUUUCUAUCGAUCUGCACUUGGCAAGGAAUUAAUGGAGUGUGCAAAGGUCCUGCAUGAUUUGAGUAACAAGGCUAUAGAGAAACGGAAAAAAACAUUUUUCAAUAAGCCUCAUCACACCACUGCAACAGAUACCGACAGCGACGUACGCAGUCCGUUAUCCCAGAAAAAAGUAAUCAUAGAUUAUCUGAUUGAAUUAUCACUCGAUGGGAAUAAAUUUUCAGCAUUAGACGCACGUGACGAACUGAACACAUUGCUUGUAGCCGGAUACGAAACGACGUGCAUCGCAAUGACAAACGUACUCUUUAUGUUGGCAAAUAAUCCAGAUGUCCAGGAAAAGGUUCAUAGGGAGCUUAUCGAGAUUUACGGAGACGAUGACAUUGAUGUACGUAAGGUCAGUUACGAAGACUUGCCAAGGAUGGAGUAUUUGGAACGAGUUAUUAAGGAAACGUUGAGAUUGUUUCCUUCCAUACCUUUCAUCUCUCGUUCGAUAACUGAGGACGUACAAAUGGGAGAAUACACCUUGCCGAAAGGAUCCUUGUACGUAGCGUAUAUUUACGGAAUUCAUAGGAGCGAAGAGUACUGGGAAAAUCCGUUAAGUUUUAAUCCAGAUAGAUUCACUCCUGAAGAAAUUGCAAAACGCCAUUCCCACUGUUACAUUCCCUUCAACGUGGGGCCGCGAAAUUGUAUCGGUAUAAGAUAUGCUAUGAUAGAAAUGAAGACGGUUCUCUCAACUGUUCUCCGAAAAUAUGUCAUGGAAAUAGAUAAAAUUGUACCAAUCAGCGAAAUCAAUAUGAAAGCAAGUAUACUUUUGAAGCCUGUGAAUCCAGUAAAAAUUCGCAUAAAGAGACGGGUACCAGAUCAACUUACGCACCACAAGGAACCCGAAACCAUGAAUAAUCCAAAUCUUGAUUUUAUUUUAAUCUGUUCUGCCAUACUUAUUGCCGUGAUUUCUUUACUGGUGUACAAUUUGAAACGAUUGGACCUGUACAAAGCAGCUGCAAAAUACAAUGGACCACCAGCUUUGCCGAUUUUGGGUAAUGUACUACUUCUUGGAACCAAUGAAGGUUUCUACGAAAGGAUGAUGGCACUUAUGGAUCGGUAUCCGUCCCCAAGUCGAUUUUGGCUUGGACCAAACUUAGUUAUUUGUUCUGAUCGAAUAGAAGACGUAAAGGCUAUACUCUUCAACAAUAAAGCAAUUAAUAAAGCACCACCGUACAAGUUUGCUCAGGAUUGGUUAGGCAAUGGUCUAAUUAUGGCUCCUGGUACAAUAUGGCGCGCACAUCGAAGAGUAAUCGAACCAUUCUUCAAUUCAAAAGUCAUAUUUUCUUUUGUGGAAAUGAUUGCAUCAAGAUCAGAAUUAAUGACUGAAAAAAUGGAAUUGGAAUUGAACAGAUCUGAUGAAUUUAAAAUAGCUGAUUAUAUCGCACCCUGCGUUUUCGAUAUAAUUUCUGAAACUUCAAUGGGAUUCACCGUAGAAACACAGGGUGAAAACGCUGCAAACUAUAGGAGGUGUAUGAAAAGGGUGAUAGGAAUUGCUUCACAGAGACCAUUCAAGCCAUGGCUAAACCCGAAGAUAAUUUUUAAUCUUUCCACAAUCGGAAGAGAACAAAGUCAGUGUAUAAAAACUCUACACCAACUUACUAACAACGUGAUAAUAAAUAGAAAGAAAGAAAGAAAAAUGCAGACAAGCGAUAAACCCGGAUCUGAACUGACAAGUUCAAAAAGAAAAGUUUUCUUGGAUCUAUUGUUAGAGCUCGCGGAGGAUGAAAAAUUUACAGACACAGAAAUACGUGAAGAACUUGACACAAUUAUCGUAGGCGGUAACGAUUCGACAUCCAGUGCGCUUGGUUUCAUCUUAUUGAUGCUUGCAACGCACCCGGAUGUUCAGGUGAAGGUUCACAAGGAACUUGAUGAAAUUUACGGGGGUUGCGCCGAGCUUGAGAGACGCAGCGUUACUAGAGAAGAUCUUCGACGGAUGGAGUACUUGGAAAAUGUGAUAAAAGAAACAUUACGCUUAUUUCCAACAAUUCCAGCUGUUGCGCGUAUUAUUCAAGAAGAUAUCCGUAUGGGCGAAUAUACGUUACCAAAAGGGUGUUGGUUUCUGGUACCAAUUGUCGCGGUUCACAGAAAUCCAUUGUACUGGGAAAAUCCAUUGAAUUUUGAUCCGGACAGAUUUCUUCCUGAAGAAGUUUCUAAACGUCCCUCUUAUUGUUAUCUCAGUUUCAGUACGGGACCAAGAAAUUGCCUGGGCUCGAAAUUUGCUAUGAUGAACAUGAAAACAAUCCUAGCGACGGUCCUUCGGAAAUAUGUAAUGAGGAAAGACGAUAUUGUCAAGAUUAGUGAUAUUAAGUUCACGUCAGAAGCUGUUACGAGACCGGUGCAUCCGAUAACACUGCGAAUAGAAAAACGACAGUAACUUAUGUGCUGGGAAAGUAAUUUCAACCAUGCUGACCUUUGCUGAACAAUUACUCGGUGCAUUAGCAAAAUAAACAUAAGAGAUCAAAAGGAAGAUCGGCCAGUAUUGAGGUAUGUCAAUUAUCUUCGAAUUAAUAUUUCUAGAUGUACAAUUGUUAGAUUCAGUCAGAUAUUCAAAUGUAUUUGGUUUUUUUCAGAUUUUUUGUAUUAUGUCUCAUAUUUUUAGAACAUUAGAUUCAUUCCACUAAUUUUGAUGAACAGGAUAUUUUUUUUUUACAUUCGUUCUGUUGGUUCAAAAAAAAAGCACAUGUUUUUUCAUUUAAUCAUCCAUUCGUCACCUCGCAAAUAAGUCUAUAAUAUAAAAUAAAAUUUGAAUUCCGAAUUGAAAAAAAUAACAAUGAUAUCCAAUGUAUGCAGAAACAGUUUUUCAGAUCACUAAUUGUAAGUUGAAAAUAGAGUUUGUGUUCGAUCUGGUUUGACAUUUGAGUGUUAUGACUAUAAUAGUGUUCACUGCGAACCAAUCUUUUAAGUUAUAUUACAUUUUUUUUUAUUUAUGUACAUCUUAUAGAUAAUACCGGGUUCAGUAAAUAAAACCCCUAUAUUUAUCUGCUGUAGUAACUGAAAAUAUGUACAAAUGUGAAAGUUGGCAUACUACAAACAAAUUUUCUUCAUAUUACGAAUAUAUAGUUACUGCAGCCGCUUUAAAAAAAGAUAUUACAACAUCAAUAUUUCUAAUUGAAACGGUACUUCGUUAUAUUAUAAAGAUUAUGACUGUACUGCAACCUUAUUCCAAAUAUCACAAACAUACUCAGUGCUUUGCCAGUAGACGUGACAAAGAAACUUCAUCAAUCGUUGCAAUUUUGUACAAAAAAUAAAAUGAGCUCAAAGAAAUAA